AUGGCCGUGCCCUACAUCUCCGGCGACGCGCUUGCCGCACGCCUCAAGGACGCCGCCGCCAGCGGCUCGGGCGCGCGCCCCGCCAUCGUCGACGUGCGCGACGCAGACUUCGCCGGCGGGCACAUUGUCGGCGCGCGCAACGUGCCCAGCGAGGAGUUCCACGAGCGCGUCGAAGGGCUGGUGCAGAGUCUGGCGCAGCAGCCGACUGUCGUCUUUCACUGUUCGCUCUCGCAGCAGCGCGGGCCGGCGGCGGCACGGGCGUAUGUCGCUGCGCGCUCGCUGGCGCUCAAGCAGCAGCGCGUCGACGAGCUGCCGGCGGCGCAGCGCAUCGGCAGCGAGCAGGGCGCGCAGCACGCCGUCGGCGGGCAGGAGGUGUGCAUUCUGCGCAACGGCUUCAGCGAGUUUGGCAAGCUGCACAAGAAUGAUGCGCAACUCGUGCAGGACUACGAUGAGGAGGCCUGGUCAUAUCGCUAGCGCACUCCGGCUCAGAGUAAUCGCACUUUGGCCACCGCGUUGCAGCGUCGCACAGCUGUGGACAAGGAUGAGGCAUAGAUUUGGGACCCCGCAGGGGGCGCAAUGCGUGACAAGCGGCGCGGCGCCGGCAACGCCGUGGUCGACGUGGGCGUUGUGGGUGCGGUUGGAAGUGUGUUCGGCUUGACUGGAAGCGCGCUUGACGCGGCCAGGGGUCUGCUCGUGAUGACAAAACACAAGCUGAAUGUGUUCUGCAGAGCCCACGCUCCGGAGGAGACACGCCCAGACAAUGGUGAAGAGCACGCGGUAGAGAGGAGCAUUCAGGCAGAAGCAUUGGCCAACCCUCCUGCAACUUGGC